GAGGACUCGAUACUCUUUCGGGUAGAGACCCUCUAAUAAGAGACUGGUCAUCGAGGGACCACUUUUGAUUGGUCCGCCAUUUUUAGGUACUCGGGAUAUACACCGUGACUGUUUGUUCCGCAUCGUUGGCAGCUCUGCCGUCAGUGCUGCCCCCCGCGGAAAGAUAAAUUUGAAUUCGAGAUAACAGAAUGAUUGACGCGGCUGACGUUUCGACGGAGGAUGGAAAAGAAGAGGAUGUGGGAAAAUCUGUGGAGAAGAUAGAUGAACAACGCAGAAAAACACUGGCAUACGAGUAUCUCUGUUAUCUGGAAGGAGCAAAGAAAUGGAUGGAAGCUUGCUUGAGAGAAUCGCUACCACCGACAACUGAGUUGGAGGAAAAUCUCCGUAAUGGAGUAUAUCUGGCUAAGCUCGCUCAUUUUAUUGCACCUAAUGUUUUAUCAUUGAAUAAAAUCUAUGAUAUUGAACAGCGUAGAUACAAAGCUGUAGGAUUACAAUUUCGUCACACUGAUAAUAUAAAUCAUUUUCUGAAAUGCUUGGCAUCUAUGCAGUUACCAUUGACAUUCUUACCGGAAACAACAGAUAUAUAUGACAAGAAGAAUAUGCCACGAGUGAUAUAUUGCCUUCAUGCCCUUAGCACACAUUUAUUUAAAUUGGGAAAAGCACCACCAAUGCAAGAUUUGUAUGGAAAAGUAAAUUUCUCUGAUGAAGAAAUAGAUGCAGUCAGUAAAGAAUUGCAGAAAUAUGGCAUUCAACUACCUCCUUUCCAAAAAAUAGGAGGUUUAUUGACAAACAGUAUUGCUACAGACACAGCUGCUCUUCAUGCUGCUGUGAUUGCAAUUAAUCAAGUUCUAAUAGAUAAUGAUAAUGAUAAAGUUCUCUACACACUUCAAAGUGCAGAGGCACAAUUAAAUAACAUCAAACCUGUUUAUAUCAAAGAAUAUAUCGAAGCAUUAUUGGCUGCUAAAAUUGCAAAAACAGAGACAUCGCUAAACAGAUCCCUCAAUGACAGUUAUGUAGCAGAUGUAUAUGAUGAGCUAUUAACACAAGCAGAAAUACAAGGACACAUUAAUUAUGUGAAUGCUUCCUGUGCCCUGAAAGUCAUUAUUUCAUCUGUAUUGCAUAAUGAUGCUGACUUAAUAGCUGCUUUAAGGGCACUAGUAUUACCCUUUAAGAAUAUAGCUUCUGAGAAUGUUGAAGAUUACAAGGAACAACUCAUGCUGGUAUUGAGGGAAGAGCCGUGCAAUGACAUAUGUGCAUCUGAAAAUAUUCAAUACUGGAUGGAUACAUUUCAGAGUGCGAUUGACAAAGGAAACGAAAACGCGCAGCGACGCCGCAAACGAGAAAACACUGUAAAACUGCUGAACAUGGCUUUAGAAUCUGCAGAUCAAGAGAAGUUUUAUGAAAUUUUGCAAAGUCCAUAUUUGGAAAUAUCUCAUUACAUUGACGAAUAUGCGUUUCCAUUGUAUUAUCAGGAGAUGAAAGACGAUCGUAUAGAAUCUCAUACUGAUCUCACUUAUAAUGACAUAGUGACUAGUGUACGUUUGCUACCCCUUAUAGCUGCUAUUACCAAAGCAGUAGACAUGGAAAAUCCAGAUUUCGUGUAUGAGAAGCUGUCGAAUCCUGAUGUAUAUUUGCCUGGAUUGGACGAAUUUAAUAAGAUAAAAUAUGCUCAGACACUAGCGACGCUUCGGCAGGUAAAGCUUAAGACGUUCCAAGAAUGUUCUUUAUUAACAUAUAGCGAUAUUCAACAAUGUAUCUAUUCAGUGAAUACAGAAUGCGACGAGGAUUUCGAAGUUAUAAAGAUUUUACAGCAGAUAAAUCAAGCUGUAGCAGCAAACGAUCAUGAGACCAUGAUGAGAGCCUUGGAAAUGAUAACCGAUAAGUGUAAUAUACCCAAAUUUUCGCACGAUCCUUUUCUUUGUUUGAAUAGGUUGAAGAAACGUUUAAUUGAAAAGAAAUCUGAUGGAUCUGAAUUAUGGUUGGAUGAUAUUGAAACUGUAGCAAAGACAGUUGCAUCAGAAAUGGAACAAAUCGAAAACAUGACUAAAUUUCUGUACAAUAUCAACACUUAUGUACAAGACGAUAAUAUGACUGAAGCUCUUGAGUGCUGCAAAAAUUUUGAUGGGAUUAAAAAUUUUAAAGAUCUUUCCAAAGAAUAUCAAAAGAGAUGUUUUCUAGCAUUGCAACAAUUACAAAAGCGGAAGCACAAUAUGUAUAAUUGUCCAUACACGACCAACGAGAAAAAUGAAAUCUUGAAAGAUAAAAAUUAUGCAUGUUAUUAUCCUGCAGAUAUUAAGAAAAUUCAUCAUCUCACCAUAAAUGACAUAAAUGAAACAAUUGAAUCUAUUAUAAUGGAAACAGGUCAGAAAAAUUAUACGGCAUAUGAUGAAAAAUUAUUUAUUAGACUUCAAGCUGGGAUUAGAGGAUAUUUAUUACGUAAAAAGAUUGUUGACAGAUAUGCUUAUAUUAAUGAUAAUAUAAGAAGUAUAAUCAUGAUACAAGCAUGGUGGAGAGGCAUCAGACAACGUAAACAAUAUCAUAAAUUGCUGAAAGAAAAAGAAUUAAAUGCAUUACAUCACAAUCAAUUAUUAAGUGCAAAAACGAAUCAUAAAAAUAAUAAAUUACAUCAGAAUAAGUUAUCAAAUAUUAAAGAAAAUAAUAAAAAUGAUAAAUUAAAUCGAUAUAAGAAACAGGAAGACAAAAUAAUAAAGAUACAAGCUUUAUGGCGUGGCCGAGCAUCCAGAAAAGCUUUUCACUCGUUACUGCGCUCAGAGAAACCGUCAUUUCCUGUAGUCAGGCAUUUUUCGACAGUAUUAGGUUUCAGUGCAGAGGAUUACGACAAGGAUCUAGAAUUACAAAAAUUGAAACACGAGGUCGUUCAAUGUAUAAGGCACAAUCAGAAUUUAUCAGAGCAUUUGAAUAACAUGUAUAUUAAAAUAGGAUUAUUAAUACAGAACAGAAUAGCAUUACAGGAUGUAGUAGCGCAUGGAAAGAGUCUGGAUACUCUUGCGAAAGAACAAAACGUGAACAAAAAUCAAAACACAUGCGAUCCCGCCGCAACACCACAGAAGGGUCUUAAAUCGUUAACGAAAGAAGGUCGUAAGAUGUUGGAGGGUUAUCAACAUCUGUUUUAUGCAUUGCAAACAAAUCCGCAAUAUUUGUCCAAGCUGUUAUAUUUACCGCCUAGUAACAAAUCCAACAAAUUAUUCUUGAAGAACAUUAUUUGGACACUAUUUAAUUUUGGGUCGAACACAAGAGAAGACUAUUUGUUAUUGAAACUCUUCGGUUAUGCAUUGAAGGAGGAAAUCAAGUGCAAUUGUCAUCAGCCUUCCGACGUAUUGACUGGCAAGCCGCUGGUUCGCGAGAUGGUGGUUAACUAUGCGAAACAGUUUAAUGGUCAGGCAUCAUUGAAGCAAAUUGUUGGUCCAUUGAUCGAGAAGGUUUUGGAGGAAAAGGAUUUAUGUAUGGAGACAAAUCCAGUAGAUAUAUACAAACUCUGGCGAAAUCAGCUGGAAAUGGAGUCUGGCAAGUCUCUGGAUAUGCCUCACACGGUGUCUCAGGAGCAGGCGCUGAAACAUAUCCCGGUCCAGGAAUUGCUCACAAGAGCGAUAAAUCAAUUGAAAAAGAUCUCUCUCGAGUUUCUCAACAGAAUAACAAAGUCCCGUGAUUUGAUCCCUUAUGGGAUGUUAUAUGUAUCAAAGAUCCUCUACGGUUCACUGAUGGAGAAGUUUCCGUUUGCUCCCGAAAAAGAUAUCUUGAAGGCUGUUGGUAAUUUGAUUUAUUACCAUUUCAUUAAUGCUGCAAUUGUAGCGCCGGAUACCUUCGAUAUCGUUACGUUGCCGGUUGAUAGAUCCUUGUCCUCCUGCCAAAGGAAGAAUCUAGCCAGUAUAGCUAAGGUAUUGCAAUUCUCCACUUCGAAGAAGGGUUUCGGUGAGGAGGCACCGCACUUGGAAUGUUUGAACCCCUUUAUAAUUGCCUGCCAUGAAAAAUUUAAAGACUUCUUUCGAUAUUGUUGUCAAGUGGAGGAUCUCGAGGACCACUUCAACAUUCAUGAAUAUACGGAGGCCACACUUAUACAAAGUCCAGAGAUAUGCGUAUCUUUGCAGGAAAUAUGCGAAAUACACGCCUUGAUGUUGAGAUACGAAGACAUGAUAGCGCCGGAUCCAUCCGAUUCUUUGCACGAUUUGUUGGAUGAUCUUGGUCCGGUACCGACUGUAGCAUCGUUACUAGGAAUAUCUAAUGCAGUGUACGAGACAAAUUUAGCGCGAUAUAGUAAGCAAGAAGUAUGCCUGGUAUUGACGAAUAAAUUUCAAGUACCACGAAAUGACGACACGAAUCUGAACAAUCUCUUCGUGAAGACAAAAGAGUUGCUCGUCUCGGUUAUUUCAUUUUUAAAAAAAUCAACUCUGAUAGAAUCUUUGGAGAUCACUUCUUCUCCAAUGUGCGCGAGAUUCGAUCAUUCAUCCAUGUCGGCGACAUUUCGUGAGAGUUCGUCUAUAAAUGAUUGCAAGAUGCAAUUGCGUGCAUAUCUCAACAAACUCGAGCUAGAAGGAUGGGUAACUCGCGCGGACGGUUAUCAAACAAUCGUGACCGCGAUAGCGAGGGAUAUUUGCAACAAGAACAAGUAUCGCGUCGCAAGAGACAAGGAAUUGCAGACGCUGCGCGCAACCAAGAUGCGAUUGGAUGAGAAGACGAGAUAUUAUCAGGAGCAAGUCGAAUUCUAUAACGAGUACAUAAGAGGUUGCCUUCAGAAUCUGCACAGAGGGAAGAGUUCACUUCGCGCAUAUCGAGCGAUGCAGAAGGAUACUCAUACUUUGAGCAAACUGCGAACCAAAAUGAUGGUCAAGUAUUCUGCCUGGAAGCUGCAAGAGAAGGGCGUGCUGAUGGAAAUCGAUCAGACACUGAGUCCAACGGAAAUGAAAAACGUAAUAUUUGAGAUAAGCCCGACAGAGCGCAACGGCGUUUUCUCUGUGCGCUGCAAGUUUAUGGGGGUUGAGAUGGAAAAGCUCGACAUUAGUAUACAAGAAUUGCUCGAGUUGCAAUACGAGGGUCGCUCCUGCAUGGAUAUGUUUGGCAGAGCGAAAGUCAACGUAAACCUACUCUUGUAUUUAUUAAAUCGGAAAUUUUAUGGCAAGAAAAAUUGAAGGAAUUACUUUCAUCGUCGGCGCGUCCUUCUGUAACAUCGCCAAAAUUCAGAAGAAAACGCGCAUUAAAACGUGCAAUUAAUUGCCAGCACGUGUUCAGAAUGCGGGGAUAGUAUUUUAUCAUCAUGACAAAUAAUUAAAAGUAUUCUUUUAUAUUUCCAGAUUAUUUCCGUGGUCGUCAAUACACUUUAAUACGCAAAAUAUAUACAUAUAAUAUGUGAGAUAUAGAAGUUUAUAUGAUAAGUUUUAUUUUUCCAUCAAAAUGAGGCAAUUCAAAUUGUUUCCUCUUCGCGAUUCUGCGAGCACAAGUGUUAUUUACGAUGAAUAGAAUAAGAGAAAUUGAUAUAUUUUAUAAUUUUAUAUAUCUUCUAGAUAUUAUUUGAAAGAUAUAUAUAUAUAUAUAUUAGCUUAUCACACCGUUUGUAUCUAUUUUUUAUUUCACGCGAUGUUUUUCUAUUAAUCGAAUAGUUUAUGAACACUGCUAAUGUGGUAUUUUUAUAGAAUAAUUUCACAAAUCAUAUAAAUUCUUUAUAUAAUGUGUGUCUCUCUUUUUAAGAGCAAUCUAUCUAGUCUGUGACACAGCAUGCAUUUUGUAAAUAAUUGUAUACGUGAAUGUUCAAAAUAUCGAUACAAAAUCGAAUAUUCACAAAUACAGUUAUAGUAUUCGAAAUAUCAAUGCAACGGAAAUUUGACAAUGAUUGUUUAACAUCAUGUAUAUAGAGUCUGAGUAAAUUUAUUCAACUCUUGAUUGUGAGUAUGUGACUCUGCAAUGUAGAUGUAAGAAGCUAUUAUUUCAAAUUAAACUUUUGAUCGAUAUUGUAAUAUACGGUUUUAAGUCUUGGCAAUAGAGAAAGAAUAAGUUAUUAAUUGUAAUAAAUAUGCGUUUUAUGCUUUAUUUUAACCA